CUGAAAGGAAACGUACCAUUCAAUGUUUUCUGUGGUUGGACUGUUUUCUUAGUAUUUUUUUAUUUGAUUCCAAUUUGUCCACAGCAACCGUGUUCCCAUUCAGUUUUUAAUAGUGAAUUGAUAGAGAAAAUUACGGAAAUGUUUAUUACGCAAAAUAACAUUCUAUCUGCGAUCCUAAAGAACGCGAGAAAUAAGAGUCAAUAAUCGGAAGUAUUAACUUGCUCGGAUCUAAAAUAUUUUGUAUGAAUAAGUUCGGGCAUUCAUACCACGUAGUGUCGCAAUCGUAUUAAAAAUGUGUAAUAAAAUUGUGCGGUUAUUAACUGUAAACAAGAGUGUUAAAUGUUAAACAUGACGUCCCCGUUAAAACCUUGGGAAGCACCAAACGCGUUGCAGAAUUCCACACAGUUUAUCAGGGCGCAAAAUUCUGGCACCCCAUUAGCUCCCGGAAGAAUGGCCCCUGCGUUGCCUCCCAGGCCUUCUUCAAACUCGAAUCCUGGAUAUUACGGGUCCUAUAAUUCAUAUUUGCCUUACUCAAGUCUAAGUAGUAUGAGCAGCUAUGGUUCACCAUACCAAAGCCCGAUGUACAAUAGCUAUGGCUCGUCUUACGCCGGCUACAAUAUGUAUGGGUACCCGGGUUUGUCCCGUGACGAUUCCGAACGUCGUUUUGUUCAAUAUGUAGAGGAAAAUUCACGCCAUACUUUCGCGAAUGUUGAAAGUCUGGUGCGCGCGUUCAAUAGUUUCGCAAUGAUGCUCGACAACACAUUCUUCGCAAUGACUAGCUCUUUCCGUGCUAUUUUGAGCGUUGCUGAAAAUUUCGGCAAGCUGAGAACCACCUUCGGCCAGAUUUGGUACUCGGUGAAUAUAUUUCGAUUCUUCAGUUGGGCGUACCGAAAAAUACGGAGACUUCUGGGACUACCUGUACCCCACAGCAGUACGUCGCUCGCAUGGAACGAAGCCGUGCGGGAGGGCGGGUUACCGAGAAGCUCACCUGCUUCCAGCUGGCCAACUCUGGCAUUCCUGGGGGUAAUUGUGUCCGCACCCUAUAUCAUCAGUAGAUUUUUGCCAAAAUAUGAGGAUAAAAGUGAUCCGGGCAAAUGGAAAGCACCCGGAAUCAGGGCCAAGGCUUGUUUCGAUUUCGUAGCGACGUCCGCCAACGAACUGCCGAUUCAGACGAACGAUAGGAUCCUUCUAGCUCCAACUUACAUCCAGGAAGAAAUGAAUUUGAAAAAUACAGGAUGGGCUUUCGCGGUCAAGGACGGCAAAUCCGGCGUGGUACCGUUGAACUACAUACUAAUCGACAAGAAUAAUAACUCGACAUUGAGUGACAAGAUACCGGUACCGAGGACGUCGAACGUUAAACCAGAAACUGCUACCAAAAAUCACACAAAACGAGUCAGUUUUGGGGAUAUUCAAUUUUUUGAAGACGAUAGUGGUGAGCCCGUUGUUAAGAAACUCGGUAAUGAUGAUACUGAUAAAGAUAGUGCCGGUAGUUCAAAUGCAUCGAAUGGAACUUAGUUCUCAUCAAUUGUGUCUGGUGGAAGUUUCGAAUUGCUGGUUAAUGGGUCAGUAUAAUUAGUCCGUCUUUCUCUUUCGCUCUUUCGCGUUUUUUGUAGAUUAAGUGGUAAAUAGAAACAUGAAUCGGGAAAAUUGAGACCUUUGCGCAUAUCUAUAUAUUGUGUCCCGUUUGUAUCAAGACCACUUCAAACCAGAUAACAAUAUUCCAUUUGCACCCUUCAUUAGUUUGAACAGGAAGGUCAUUGCGUAAGGCGAUGAUUCAGUUAUCAGAUAUAUUAUUUUGAGAACGCCAAUUAUACCAAGUGUCGCAGUAAGUUCAAUUGUACUAGCGAAACCCAUGGCCCUAGAAAUUUGAAAAAAAAAAAAAUUAAGUAAGUCGGCCAAGAGAAAAUGUUGGAAAUAGUUUUCGGGUUUCUAAAAUGGCCACCAGAGGGCAUAAUUGUUAUCUUGUAUUUUAAACCUCAGUUUCUACAAAAACUCCUACUAUGAACCAUGGUUAAUGUGAAGUUCUAUUUUAAAGCUGAGACAAACUCAAAUGAUUUUUCUUUAAUACCGUUUGCUCUAUCUCCGCAAUUAAAGUGGUGGGGGUAUUUGAAUACUUACUUAAAUGCCCAUAUUUCCAAAAAGGUUUAACGAAGUUUAAUAAACUUGGAGUAGUUACAAAGGGCUUUCCCUAGGCUAUCAAUCUUGCUGUGAGUGCCGCAAUUUGAUUACUUACCUUGCUACUAGGUUUCGUUUUCUGGCAUAAUCGCAAAAAUAAAUAAAAUAGAAUAAAUUCAAUGAUGGAAGUCAAAUAUGUGCCCAACAACCCAGUGAAAACCGCAUCUCAAUAUCUUUGUCUUAAACUAAAAUACGAGUAAAAGAAGUUAACGCAAAAAACAAAAAUUUGGGUACUAGGAAAAAAUGUUCAGCUUAGGGGUUGUUAUUAAUGCUUAAUUAUCUUGAAUUUACAAAAUAACAUAGCGAGAAUGAUAGCCCAGGAAAAGUUUUUUAUCAUAACUCCAAAUUUCGCAUUUUUAAGGUAAGGUUCAGAUAUAAGGCACAAGAUUGAAAAAAAAGUUAUGGCUAUUUUGAAAAAUUUUGCUGUGAAUUAAUUAUCAGUUUUUGCGCCGCAGAACUGCAUAUAUUCGCAAAUGAAACUUUAAUCCCUAUUUAGAAAGGAGCACAAUGUUCUUGACUGCAAUUUAUCCCAACAUUUCAAGAUUUAACAUUUAAAAACAAAAUGAGGUUUCCAGAAGAAUUAUUUUGUUAUUGUCAUAAUCUAAAUAUAUUAAUAAUAUAUAAUAUAAUAAAUUUUUAUGCCAAAAAGGAAACUUUAUCUAAGUGAAUUGGCAAUGUUAAAUAUCUUGAGCUCAGGAUUUCACAGAUAAAAUAUUUUUAGUUAAAAGUGAAUCAUAUUUGUGUUUCAUCAAUAUAUUCGUUGUCGCUUAUACUGAAGGUGUUGUUCGAGCUUUAUAUAUAGACUACAAAACCGGUGUAAGAAAAACCCAUUGGUAACUUGUGUUCAUUAAAUUUUAGAGUUUUUUCACUAACUGCGGGUGUUUCAAAAGUGAUAUGCUGGGUUGACAUCACCCAUAUACCAUCCAAUGAUCAAGCAAAUAUAUAGAAAUUAAUUUUGAUAGUCUUUUCUUCAUUAGCUUUUUGUCACUUAUUUUAAUUAAUGAGCAAAAAUUGGUGCAAGGAAAAUAAAAUUAUUUAUUUUUUUAAUGACUUUAAUGUAUAUUUAAAAACAGUGCAAACGGGCACACUCCAUUUUAUUAUUUUGUAUUUUGGUUAGUUGCAAGCAGGUGUGACUUUUUUAUUACGUUAGUUCUCUCCCUCGCUUAGAAAUUAUAAUAUACAUUAUUGUACAAUAUGAAAUCAAACAAAUUGAGCGGAUUUGAAGAAAAUCCAAUGCCGAGCGGGUAUUAUGAGGACAUUUUUUUGGUCUAUUGGGUUGACUGAUUCUAGACAUGUUUGUUUGGGACAAUUAAAAAUACACGCUUAUAAGAAGGCCAAAAAAUCAUUUAAAAUAGUGCCACGUGUGACUGAAUUUAUUAGUUUAACUCGUUAUGGAAUGUGUCUUUUAUAUUAUUUUUUAUCAAACUGCAUAUGUGAUUAUACUGUGUAGCUAAUUUUAAAUAAACGAUUUUACUGUU